GCCAUGCCACUGGCACUAUUGGCUGUCUUUUUUUGUUUUACAGUGGUCGGACUGAGUGGAUUGUAUCAUUAUUUAUCAUCCUUUUUUUACGAGCCCAACAUUUGUUACAUUAGGCUAAGACAGAAACAUGGCUGACACAAAAGUCGAAACUAGUAAGGAGAUCUCUGCCAAGGACCUGAAAGAGAAGAAGCUUGUUGAAGAGGCAGAAAAUGGAAAAGACACCCCAGCCAACGGAAAAGCUGAAGCUGAGGAGAAUGGCGAUCAGGACAAUGAUGUAGAGGAGGAUGAUGAUGAUGUGGGAGAGGAGGAGGAUGAGGAAGAUGAUGCUGAGGGUGAUGAAGAAGAUGAUGACGAUGAGGUCGAGGGUCGUGCAGGCAAGAGGGCGGCAGAGGAUGAUGAGGAUGAUGAUGACGAGGAUGAUGUUGGAACGAAGAAGCAGAAAACCGACGAUGAUUAAGAGUUUUGUGUUCAACCCGCUGGAAGCUGCUGCAACCUCUCUCCUCGACCGAUGAGCGUUUUGGAGGGAAACUGUGGUCAUCAUCAAGUAGAGUUCAACGUCCGUGUACACACACACCCAACUGCAAAUUUUUUUAGAAAACCCAAGACGUCAAAGUUCUACCUUCUUAACAAGAUACAGUACUUUAAAAUGAGAAUUUGUUUGUAUUUUUAUUUACAUUUUAUAUUUUUGUACAUAUUGUUAGGAGGUUAGCCAUUUUUCGACAGUGAUCUCUGGUUACCAAACGGUGCUUUGAAGUUGAUGCUUCUCUAUGAAAUAGACUUUACUUGUGGUUUGACCAUGUCAUGCUAUCUCAACACAAACUUGUACAAAUUUCAGAAAACAAUUAAAUUCAAAGCAUUCCAGUAACUUUGUAAUUGUACUUUAGUUGUACCAUACAAAGUUGGUUUGUAUGAGAUGGCAAGGCCAAAGAAAAGAGGUGUCUUUUCUGUCUGUUAAAUGGCUGUCUGUUGUGGCCUGUUUAAUGUAUGUGUGAAUUUCUUGAACAACAAUAAACCGGAAUCUUA